GUUAAAUUGGGUAAAUUUAAUUUAUAUUUUAUAAUCAAAUUUUAUUCUUUUCUAGGAAUGUAAUAUAUUGUGAAUUGUCGUUCAUUUUUUGUUCGCUCUAAAUAUCAAGUUAUUUGUUUUAUAAACAUUUCAAUUAGUUUUGUGUGUUUUAUAUAUUUUUAUAACAAAAAUUAAUUUUAAUUUAACUUUAAAAUUUGGUAAACAUUUUAGGUUUAUUUAUAAUAUUUAGAAUGAUUCUCAAAUGCAAAAUUUAUUUUUUUAUAUUGCCCUUUAUCUUUUACAAAAUCGGCACAAACGCUUUAAUAAACGAUUAUAUAUUUAAAAUAAGUGGUUAUUUGGGUUAUAAUAGUGCAGGCAAAAACGAAAUAGAUUCAAAAUCAAACGAAUUUGAUCAAAAUGUGCCAUAUGAAGUAUCUAUAAUUGACCAGAAAUUUAUAAGUGAAGCUGCAAAACUAACAGGAGUGUCUCUUUCAGAGCUUGAUUCUUGCCAACAAAGGGUGGUAUUAAAGUUGAAGAAUGAUUGUCAUAAAAUAAAUGAUGAACAGUUGGCCAAAAUGGGCGUUCAUUUAUUAAAUUGUCAAUCAUAUGUGGAAGGAAGAAAGAUAUUUCCAUGCAGUGAUGAAAUGACUAUUAAAGAUUGCACCAUAGAAAUGGAUUCUGAUACUUGGACUAGUUAUCAUAUAAUGAGUAACAGAGCCAAAGCUGUGUGUUAUAUGAUAAGACAGACUCAAUUUAGAGGCCUUGCUGAACACACAGUUAAUCGUUUAAUGGAUGCUACUAAAGACCAAUUAAAAAAUUUGGAGAAAAUCACUACAAGACAAGAAAAUAUUAAUGAUCUAGUGCAAAAUACUUUUGAGUCUUUAAAUCAAGCGCAAACAGAACUUCUGACACAACAACAGGAUAUUCAAAGAGCACAAUUUCAUGGGCAGCUUGUGCUUGAAAAUAAUAUAGUACGUCUUAUAGAAGAAAAACGUUUGAUAAACCAUAGUCACAAUAAAGUAGUGAAUAUAUUACAGGAAGUUUUCGCUAAACUUAAUUGUUCUGCCCAAGUAAUUGAAAAUCAAAAUAUUGGAAUGCAAGAUAAGCACAAGGAAUUAUUAGAAAGUGUAAUUCUUAUACAAUCAAAAAUUGAGGACUUAUUCAAUAAAAUUGAUACUUAUUUGAAACAUGUUCUUAAACAAAACAAAGCUUUUGAAAAGCAGUACGAGUCCACAUUUAAUGAUUUAAAGGAAAUAAAUAGAACGAUUAAUAUUAUGAUGCAUUUUGUUAAAUACACUGGGAAUGUCGUUGAAACUAAGUUCGCAUGGAUUGUAAAAGUAUUAGGAGCAAAUGACGAUGCACUCCACAAAUUGAAUUUAAUUUUGGAGCAUGUAGGUUUUAUCUUAAUAACAAUGCUUAUAUGCGCUUUUUUAUCGGCAAGUUUAAGCAGUAGAAUAAUUGUAAUCAGUAUGCCAUUGUUAAAUUUAUUAUUGGCUUGGCAUGGAGAGAAGCACAUGACCAUACUACUACUGACUGGAGUCAUAGCAGCACUAAAGACAGGUUAUAUAUUAUAUAUCAGUUUAAUUAAGCUUAGAAGUAACUUUUUCCAAAAAACUGAAUCUAAAAGGACACCCUGGGUAACAUCAGAAGAAAGUACAUCUAAAUUAAAAUAUCGAAGACAUUCAGAGAGCGAUGAAGAAGUAGAUGGAGACGAAACUUCUCCAUUAAAAAUUAACAGUUCUUCGGUGUUACGGUCAAGAGCUAGAAGUAACACUCCAUUAUUGCUAAAUGACUACCAUAAGGAAUUAUGUCAUGCUCGAACGAGAGCAGGAACUCCUUGCAAACUGUUCUCUAUACAUGGAAGAGAAUAUUGUAGAAGACAUCAAAAUGAACACUCGAUAAUGGGAUAGAAUAUUUUUUUUGUAUAGUCAAAUUUUAUAUCAAAGAUAGAGGGUGUCUCAGAAAUAAGUGCAGAUAUUUUAACUGGUAGUAUAUUCCGACCACAGAAACACGCCUAUGAGUUUUUUGCGAAAAAAAAUUGUUGAAAAUUUUAAAUAUUUCUUGGUAUUUUCUGGGAAAUUUUAAAAAACUUUUUAGUGCCACUUGUUUAUUCACCUGAGAUUUCUCUACAGUAGGUGUAUCCCUGCAUUGGGAUUCUGUAAGCUCCGUAGCAAGAAAUUUCCUGUCUAGCCUAUGCUAUUUGUAUACGAUUGAUGAGUCACUAGACAAGAGAAGUGUUUACAGAAUCGGGCCUCUGGUGUAUCUGAACCUUCCAGUGUUGCCACCUCCUACGUUAUCCACAUUCUACAUAUUUCUUUAUACAAUUAACAGCAAUUUUAAAUUUCUACACAAAAAAUUAGGAAUGUUAAUUAAAAAAAAAACAAAUUUAUUAUUUUUAGUAUAUACACUCAAUGAAAACCUAACGGUAACCACCGAAUAUUAACUAAAAUAUUACUUUUGAAGUUUACGAAAAUCUUUAUUAUGCUCCAACAUAACUUUAUUUAGAGCUAAAAUUAAUAAAAUGUUUCAUCAUAUUAUUCACAAUCAGGCCACAAAAAAGAAUUUUCCAACAUGUUUAUCGUAAUUCCGAAUUCAAUAUAUCGAAAACAGAAUGACGAAUAACCGAUUCAUACGAACGGUGUUGCCAACUCGUGGGAAAUUUCCCGGUUCGUGGGAAAUUUUGAGAUCCAGAGGGAAAAGCGAAAUUUUAACUCAAAACACCAUAUUUGUGGGAAAUUUAAAUUCAUGUAUUAUUCGUAAAAAAAUAGUUAUCGUGUACACAUUUCUCAUCAGAGUGAGUAAAUUCAAACUAGCAUUACCGCAACUAAUACACACUUUUGUACACCCUCUCCACGAAUACACAGUGAAUUUUAAAUAAGGGCAAAUAUUUCUAGGCAUGGUAUAUUUCGAUACCUAGAAACGUACCACGAGUCCCUACAAUAUAUCGAUUAAAAUUUGUUAAUAAAUUCACUAGUUUUAAUUCAAAUUUUUAUUGAUUUUUACUCAAUUUAAUCUAAUAUUUUUAGAUACCUAUUGAUUGCAGAGGCAAAAUAAAACGCUGAUAACAGUUAUGCCAUACCCUUAAAGUUAGGCAACUGUCUCGACAAGCGUGUUUUGAUUGCUUUGGAAUCAACCGUUUUGUUUCUUUUUUUUUUUUCGUUUUUUUUUCUGUUUCAUUUUUAAAAUUUAAUACGAAUAUAAUUGCUUCGAAUGUCUUGAAUUUAAAAUUGUUGUAACUACGGCAACAUCGCUUAAUAUCGUCGCACUUGUCUAAAAAGGCGGAUUCUCACGACUCGUGUACUUGGCAAGUACGCCAAUAUUUGCGUACUUGGCAAGUAUACUAUCUUUGUAAACAACAUUUUUUGCAACAAGCUCGGCGCUCAUGCGCCUCGGCGAGUGACAUAUAAGUGUACAAGGAAAUCGCUCACACGACAUGGCAAGUAUAUGCCAAUAACCAAUGUUUGUACAAGCACACGAGUCGUGAGAAUCCGCCUUUAGAUUAAAAGUAGUAUGUAAAGUGGCGAUAAGAGAAAAUAAUUCUCAACAUCUAUUCAUUCAGAAAGGUAUUCAAAGUAGUGUGCGCUUUUCAAGGUGUUUUGUAUAUCAGUGGUUCAACUGAAGACAACACGGGAAAAGCCAGCUGUAUCCAUGUUAACUCGAGCCGAAAAAAAUGCAAUUACGCGUUGACUACUCUGUUUGUAUGGCAAAAAAGCUGAUCUCUGGGACUAAGCGUAUUAUUGCUUUCUUUGAUGGUACCUCGAAUAACGCUAACAUUUGCCUAUAAAGUUAUGUCGCUAUCAUAAUUUCUGUGAAAAUGUGACAUAUCUGGUUUUCCCGUGUAGUCUUCAAAUUAUGAUGAAGUCUAUAUGAAAAUAAUGUGUUAGAAAUGGGGACUGUUUUUUAGCAGUUAUUAUAAUAGCACGUAUAAGUAAAGCAGCAUAGUGAAGUGUAUUUUAGUUAAGUGCAUGUGUUGGCAAAAAGAGAACUGCCACAGUUACAUCGAUCUGUUAUAAGUAUCUUUUUUUAUAUGUUGUGGGUAAGUUUUUUUCUUUUAAUUUAUUUUGUGUAAUAAUAACACCAUCUUAAAAAAGUAAUGCAUCUGUGCAAUCUCUGCUAAACUUCUCAGGUGGUGUGAUUUUCUGAUUUAUUUUUAAGCAUAUACCUUCUUGACUAUGCUUAACACAGGGCGUCGAAUUACCUGAAAUCCGGGCACCGAUCCGGGUUAAUUGGAUGGUGUUGACGAUGUCUGCCGGCGGUUCUCAAAAUGUUGCCAUUAUUUUUUUUAAUUUUCUAAGUUUUCAAAAUUUUCAUUUUCAACUCGGUUAUUUUUAAUUUAUUUUAAAAAUGGUAAAGAGUAAAUAUGUUUCUUUUGACCAGAUCUACCGCCCCUUAAAAUUUCUGCACUUAUUUCUGAGACACCCUGUAUAGUCGUUAUCUAAUAUUAUUAUAUUUCUUUAAAGUUUUUACAGUGUGACAGAUACAAUCCGAUUAUAAGACAAUUUAAAAA